AUGGCUUCCUGUCGUAUCCCUCGUGCUGCUUCGUGGCGGGCGAGAGCCUCCUUCAGACUGACACCGUCUCCAUAUCCACGACACCUUCGUUUCAACCAUACCGCCUCCCAAGAUCCCUCUAUCAAGUCCCUCGAUUCCAUCCUAAUUGCGAAUCGAGGUGAAAUCGCGAUCAGAGUAAAUAAGACUGCUGCCCAACAUGGCAUCCGCACCACCACCUUAUACACAAACCCCGACGCUCUCUCCCAGCAUGCUCACUCGUCUCCCUUUGCCUUCAACCUCGGUGACACCAGCGCCUACCUGGACCAGGAAAAGAUAUUGAAGAUUGCAAAGGAGCAGGGCUGUCAAGCUAUUCAUCCGGGCUAUGGCUUUCUAUCAGAAAACAAAGAGUUCGCAAAACGCUGUGCAGAGGAGGGAAUUACCUUCAUUGGCCCCCCCGCAAGUGCCAUUGAAGACAUGGGAGACAAGGCCAGAAGUAAAGAGAUUAUGAAUGCUGCUGGGGUUCCCUGUGUCCCUGGCUAUCACGGAACCAAUCAAGAUCCCAAAGCUUUGGCCCAAGAAGCAGAGUCCAUCGGAUAUCCAGUUCUUAUCAAGGCAGUUCGAGGAGGUGGUGGAAAGGGCAUGAGAAUCGUCAAGUCCGCCGAGGAGUUUCCAGAUAUGCUGGAAAGUGCAAAAAGCGAAUCAAGAAACUCCUUUGGCAAUGACGAAGUCCUCGUCGAGAAGUACAUCACAACACCCAGGCAUAUCGAGGUUCAGGUCUUCGCGGACAAGCACGGCAAUUGUGUCGCCCUGGGUGAGCGUGACUGUUCGAUUCAGAGACGACAUCAGAAAAUUCUCGAGGAAUCACCCGCCCCUAACUUGGAUGAUACCAUUCGGAAAGACAUCUGGGACAAAGCCCGAGCCGCUGCCCUUGCCGUCAAAUACGAAGGCGCCGGAACUGUCGAGUUCAUCUUCGACAAUGACACCGGCGAAUUCUUCUUCAUGGAGAUGAAUACCAGACUCCAAGUCGAACAUCCCGUGACUGAGAUGGUCACAGGUCAGGACCUCGUUCAUUGGCAGAUCUUGGUUGCUGAAGGCCACAAGCUGCCUUUGACUCAAGCACAAGUUGAACAGGAGAUUGCCAGCCGUGGUCAUGCAAUUGAAGCCCGAAUCUAUGCCGAGAACCCAGACAAGGGUUUCAUCCCUGACUCAGGAAAGCUCCUGCACGUCAGCCUGCCAAAGGAGUCCGAUGACAUCCGUAUUGACAGUGGCUUCAUCCACGGUGAUGAGGUCUCAAGCCAUUACGACCCCAUGAUUGCCAAACUCAUCGUUCGUGCCGAGAACAGAGAAGCUGCACUUCGCAAGCUGGCUGUUGCCCUUCAAGACUAUGAAGUCGCUGGCCCUGUCACCAAUAUUGACUUCCUGAAAAGAAUCACGAGGUCUCCUGACUUUGUUUCAGGAGCUGUGGAGACUGGAUAUAUCGAAAAGCACCGCGCCGAACUGUUCCCACAAACAACCUACAGUGACGAGGUUUUGGCAGAAGCAGCUAUCGCCUCCUAUUUGAACAAAGUUGACACAAAAAUAUACCCCACGACAAGUUCAUGGCAAUCUGGAACCUCCCAGUCGUGGCUAACGACGUCGACCGACUUCCAACCUCGCUCCUUUCACUUCCAGUCAUCCGACUUUGAGCCUGGCCCGGGCAAGACACCCACGAUAUAUGAUGUUGAUGUCCAUCAGACCGCCCCAGGAGUAUUUUCUGUCUCCACCUCGAAUACUUCGGCCCCAAUCCAAGUGACAUCAAGCUUGGACACUACCACAAAUACCCUGACAACAUACUUCCCCCACACCCGUCAUACAUCACGAGUCAUUUUCUCUCCCAACGGUAGCCUCCACCUUUUCACACCUGCAGGCUCCUUCCGUCUACAGCCCGCAUCUCCUGCUUGGCUUGCCAAAGCCCUUGGAGUUGUUGAGAAGCCGAAUUCAUUGCUUUCGCCCAUGCCGGCCAAGAUCUUACGUGUUUUGGUCAAACCAGGUGACACCGCCAAAAAGGACCAGCCGCUUCUUGUCAUUGAGAGUAUGAAGAUGGAGACAGUGAUCCGCAGUCCCGGUGAGGGUAUGGUUGUCAAGCGUAUCGUGCACGGCGAAGGUGAGGUCGUCGGAAGUGGUGUUGAACUGGUUGAGUUUGAAGACCCAGAAGGCGACAACACUGCGUCUUGAACAAAGAAUUGCGUGACUUCAAAGCAAAGAGAACAGCAAGACAUGAAAUGCAGAGCGAAAGCACUCAAACAUUACCAGCCUUGAUCUUCAGCCCUCACUUCUACAUCUCCAGCUAUCUGGCAGCCUUUUCUCCCACAGGACUUUCUUCGAAGUCGUGAUGCAGGAGGCGUGGACAAAUAACUCUGUCUUAGAUUGAAGUGGCAUGGGGCAGCAGACGCUUAAACUCGGGCAUUCCACCGUAGUUAUGCUGUCCUCGCCGGACAACAGACUUGAACGGUACUUGAGUUGGCGAGAUAGAUUACAGUCCUUGGACAUCUUGGACUGAGUUCACAUUUGGGGGGCAGGUCAAUGACAUACCAUCCACUUCAGCGAUGCUAUCUGGGCAUCAAGAUGUUUGUGGCGGACGAGUGAAAAAGAUAUCCACGAGCUGUGGACGAAGAUAUAUGACCCAAGUCGAUUUAUCGACAAGAUGUAGACUACCUGCAUAGUGCAGUUAUACAGUCAUGUUGGAACAACUGAUAAACAAGUCCUAGGCUAGAAUUGCAAGAUCG